AUGGCCCUCCCUCUGCGCGAAGUCAAGCCCAAGAACGCCCGCACCAAACGCUACCUCGACAACAAGGCGCCCCAGAACGUCGAGAACCCCAAGACCACCCUCUUCCUCCGCUACACGUCCUGCAGCGAAGUCAUCCAACUCGUCCUCCGCGAUCUCAACUCCCUCAAGAGACCUUUGACCAUCAAGUUCGACAAGAAAAACGGCAUCCAUCCCUUCGAAGAUCCCUCGUCGCUCGAAUUCUUCGCCGACAAGAACGAUGCCUCGCUCAUGGUCUACGGGAGCCAUAGCAAGAAGCGACCUCACGCCCUCACGCUCGUACGCUUCUUCGAUUACAAAGUCCUCGAUAUGCUCGAGCUCUUGGUCGACGCGGAGAGUUUCCGAUCAUUAUCGCAGUUCAAGAUCGCAAAGGCUGCCAUCGGCGUGAAGCCUCUCCUGUCCUUCUCCGGCAGUGCCUUCGAAUCGCCCACCGCGAAUGCAUACACCCUGGCCAAGUCCGCCUUUCUCGACCUCUUCAAGGGCCCCGAUGCUACGAGCGUGGAUGUUCUGGGUUUGCAGUACCUGAUCCACAUCUCCGUGGAUGAGGAAGAGAACGAAACCGUCAAGCCAAUGAUCCAUCUGCGGUGCUACAUGUUGCGAUCGAAGAAAGGCAAAGACGACCUGCCCAAGGUCGAAGCCGAAGAGAUGGGGCCGAGGAUCGACUUCAGAGUAGGCAGAGUGCGAGAUGCGGACCCGGGGAUGCUGAAGGAGGCCAUGCGGAAACCCAAGUCUCUCGAGGUAAGAAUUCAUCAUGCAGCGCCGUCCAUAUUCCCCGCCCAUGCUAACGAUUUUUGUCUCUUGAUUCAGCCCAAGACGAAGAAGAACAUCGAAACAGACACCAUCGGCGACAAGGUCGGCCGUAUCCACAUGGGCCGUCAAGACCUCAGCCAGCUACAGACUCGCAAGAUGAAAGGUCUCAAGCGAAGUCGAGACGUGGUAGACGACAACUUCGACGACGCGGAUGUCGUCAUGGGAGGCGCUUCGGACGAUGGAGGAGUCUCGCUAGAGGCCGACAAGCGCGUGAAGCUGGAUGCGUGA